UAUCUAGGCUAAAGUAGAGGAGAGGAGAGGAGCUUUAAUACUAAAUCCUGAGCUAGUAGUAAAAGUACUGUUCAAAGUGGAAACACUAAACAACCAAGUGGUACAUUUCACAGAGUGAAUGGAUAUAUCACAAUACUUAGAACAAUGCUAUAUGAAGAAUAAAGUCAAGGAAUUUCAUGAACUAUUUGUCAUUGUUAUAUUUGGAUAUAUUCUCAUUUCCUAACUCUUAUCUACUGAUAGCUGUGCUGAAAUUUUUACUAUUGGACAGAGGGAAUUAAUUAAAAACACAGAUCACAAUGUCUCAGGGAGUAGUAAUCUCACAGCCCAGGAAUGAUGAAAAGGGCAGACAGGACAUGCAAAUGAACCCAGUUGUUAUCCAGCCAGGCUACCUAGGAAUGCAGGGCCAACCAGGUAUGAUGAUGGGCCCACCACCCAAUGUAGUCAUACCUUACGGCCUCCCACCAAGCUUGGCGUACCUUCAAAGCCUAGAUCUAAUCAAAGUUCAUCAAAUCUUGGAGCUUGCCGAAGUGCUGAUUGGCUGGGAGAGAAACAAUAAGUACGACAUCUGCAAUGGCCAAGACCAAAAAUUUCUGUUUGCUAAAGAAGAUACUGAUUGCUGCACACGCCAGUUCUGCGGUGUCAUGAGGCCUUUCGUCAUGAAUGUCAGUGACCUUCAGGGCACCCCCCUAAUGACCUUGCACAGACCUUUCCGUUGCCAGGGAUCAAUAUUCUGGUGCUGUUGCCUGCAGGAGAUGGAGAUUCAGUCCCCUCCCGGAGUAUUACAAGGGAGAGUGAAAGAGAUCUGGACCUGCUGUGUGCCCAAGUAUAAAGUGUAUGAUGCCCAGAACCAAUGUGUUUUCACCAUUGUGGGAGACUGCUGCUAUUGCAAGUGUUGUGCUGAUGUUGUCUUCAGGGUAUUUGAAGGUGACAAUGAAGGCUCUGAGGGAUCUGAGGAUAUCCAGAUUUUAAAACACUGGGGAGGAUGCAGGGAGGUGUUUGGUGGCGCUAAUGACUUCAGCAUUAAGUUUCCUGCUAACUUGGACUUGAUGAAGAAAGUUCUUCUCUUUGGUGCAACCUUCCUUAUUGACUUUAAUUACUUUGAGUACAGAGGCAACCAGUAAACUGCAGUAGGAGUCAAAGGAACAUAACUCAAUGUUUGAUCUGUAAUGUGAUAUAUAUAUAUUCAAAUGCAUGCAAACAUUUGCAAAAUUUAGAGUGGUGUAUAAUGUUUAAUUGAAAUAAUCCUCAGUCAAUUAAUCAUCAGCUAUGCAGUUAACAUAUAGAUGCACUUUGAGCUAUUAUACUUGACAUUUAUAAAAUAUAGACCAAUUUUGUCAACAUUUCAUAUACACAUUUAUAUCACCUCAAGGUCUUGUUGUUAAUGUGCCAAUACUAAUUACAUUACUCUCACAUUGUGCAACUUUUCUUCAUGCUUUUUGGAAUAGUUAAAAUUUUGGCGCUAUAAAAAUUAUGGUCAUGAGUUAUUUAAUUAGUUUUUUUUGGUCAAUCAUUACAUAUAAUUACAUUUUUAUGAAAAAGUUUAGCCAAAAAUGUUUUUGAUAAAAUGAGAUAUGGGUGAACAUUUGUUUUAUAAUUUCUUAAUUUGAAAUUGUGUUUCUCUAACAAAAACUACUUGAACAUUUAAAGGUGAAUUAAAAUCUUCUAUGUCGUCAAUGUCACUUACUGCUUCAGCUAAGCAGAUGACAGCAUCUUGAGGGACAUAACAAUAAUUAUGUUUUGAACAGUAAAAAUAAAAUGUAUCUUGUGUACAUUUCAAGUAACAAGGUAAAAUCAAAUGCUCUUAGAUUGAUCAGUAAUUGUGCCCAGUCUAGUAAUAAUAUUCAAUGUCUUGAAUGUAUUGUUUCAAUGUAUGUGACUACGGUAUAACACAUAAUGAAGUUAUAGUUUGUAUGAUUCAUGUUAACUUAGUAUUUUUUAUACUCUGGGCUUUUUGGAGAAUUAUUUUCUUUAUAAGAAUUUUCAAUAAAAGAUUUUAAACCUCUUUUGUCCAUAAACUAUAUAUUUCUAUUUGUAUGUUUUCAAGAUUUCCUUUUUUUAAUUUUACACAAAAAAAGAGUUUUCAUUUCAUUUUUAUACAUUAUUCUUUUUCUUCUAUAUGCCAGUCAAAGUGAAUAUUUUUGUUUAUAUAUCUUUUAAGAUAUUUCAAGUAUUUAUAUAUUUUUUUACUCUUGUCUUCUCGAUGACUCUUGAAAAGCAUGUCAUAACAUGUUAAAGAAGAAUAUUUAUUUCACUUUACCAUAUGAACGUUAAGAAUUGUGAGUUUUUUUUAACUCCUACAAGCAGUUUCAUUAUGUGUACUAAGUAGUAGCUUUAUAAUUAAUUAUCUUACUUUAUAACGUAACAACAUUGUAUCUUUAAGUGGAUUCAUAUUGAAUAUAUUUUUUUUUAAAUUUUUACAAGGUACAUUUGUACACAGAGUAACAAGGUUAGAUUUUUAAAAUGUUUAUAUUUUUUAAAGUCGGCAAACAUCUAGCUUCUAUUGGCUACAUGAUAAUUUUAAGAUAUUGUAAGUCUACAAUAAAACAGGUUAAGGAAAUCAUUGCAUCUCUUUUUUAAUGUUAAAAUUGUAAUUAAGUUCCUUACAGAAUGUUGAUUAUGAUGCAUGUGAUUAGUUUGCAUUUAGUUAAGCAUUACAAUUUUUUCAUCAGUGGCUACCAUCCUGUUGGCUCUGUAACUAAGUUUUAAAUUAAUGCAAAGGCCAUAUACAAAACAAAUGGGCGAAUCAUUUUUUGUCUCCUUGAUACUAGUGUAUUGAUUUUUGCACAUCUGUUAACAAUUUAUUUUUUCCUUGUGAAAAGUUCACCAAGUUUUGUUAACAUCCAUUAUUUCAUUGUUAACUUCAAUGUUUUAGUAAUGAGUUUUAAAAAAAAAUUACUCUUAUACCAGGUCAAAAUAUUUUUUAGAAGUUAGUGGUUUUGCCAAAAAUUGUGAAGAGAGAUAAAAUCUUUCACAUCUCAAUCCUUUAAAAGAAAACCUUAUAUUUCCUGCAAAAUAUCAACAUAGAUCUCCAGCCCACAUUUUAUAUCCAUUUUUAAUUUCUUUUCAAAUAAUUUUUACUGAAAUGCUAAUCUAGAUCUAUUAAAAAUUACUUGAAUAAAUUUGAAUCAAUUCUGUCUACAUGGGAAAUUAUCUACAUUAACAUCAAUUUCACAAUAAUUUUAUCAACAUGUGACAUGGUCAACUUUCACAAUAAUUUUGCCAGUGUGUGACAAGGUCAGCAUUCACAAUAAUUUUAUCAACAUGUGACAUGGUCAACUUUCACAAUAAUUUUGCCAGUAUGUGACAAGGUCGACAUUCACAAUAAUUUUAUUGUGUGACAUGGUCAACUUUCAAAAUAAUUUUGCCAGUGUGCGACAUGGUCAACUUUCACAAUAAUUGUGUCGACAAAAUGAAUGUUAUUAAUAUUUUCAUGUUUGUAUUUCCACUAUCUCUUUAUUUUGUUCAGCUUGUUACAUCAACUGCAUUUAAAUGUUACUGAAUGUUCUCUUAGUGCUUCCUGUAUUGCUUACAAAAACUUAGUUUGUGAGAACAAACUUGUGAUUCAAUGACAUAUCAACAUAUAAAUAUUGCUGUCUAAGCCUGCAUUGUUUGAUAUUUCUCUCCAUAUUGAUUCACGUUACUCCUGUACCUUGAUACUUUUGAUGACAACUACUGUGAUCUAUUCUAUCUCUCUUUAAGCACCAUUGUCAGUCAUUUGGUCAGUCACUUAGUCAGUCACUUGGUUGUAGACACACAGGUACUUUAAUCUACUCCCCAUGCAUUAUGGGAUGAGGGAAUAUUUAAAACUAUUAUUGAAAUAUAUUUUCUUCAUCGUGUGUAGAAUAAUGUUAGCCCCUUAUACAAAGAAUAGUCACAUUUUAUUGUUGGCUAACACUGUAGAAAAUUAAAUGUUUUUUAUUUUGUGGUGCUGGACGUCAUCAUAAUGAAGGCUGAUCUGUCAGUGGAAUUGGUCUUCAUCAUUAUCAGUGUUCAAUAGUGUGAGGACAUAGUCAUUGACAUGGAUUCACUUCUUACUACAAAAAAAAAGUAUUUGCAGAAACUGUUUCCCAUUGACUUCAUUAACUAUCUCUGUAAUGUCCACGGAAACAUUUCAUUGAGACCAACUUUAUCAUUUGUAUGUUUGGAUUUAAUUCAAUUAAAAAGGCAUUUAUUCUUAAUUAUCAUAAGAAUCAUUAAUUUAUAUCAUAGAUGGUCUUCUCAUUUCAAUGUUUUAGACAUAAAUAUACAUUCAAAUAAUCAUUUUAUUUAGAUGUCAAAAUAAAAUCUUAAAUUUAUAAAUAAGGAAUUUAGAAAAAAAAAAUAAAUUACAUUUUACUGUUUUUGUAUCUGAUAUUUUUACACAUAUGUACAGUUUGCUACUAAGAUUUCUUGUAUAUAUAUUUCUGUGUGACUGAGUUAGGCUGUGACUGUUGAGUUUGCACCUCUAAUGAUAUUAUAAAUAUAUUUUGUUUUGUAUAUUCCUGUAGUGUGCUUGUACACUUUUAUGUAGUGUUCAUAAUUGCACAAAUUAUUUUAGUUUGCAUUAUUUAGUAGUUAUUAGUAGUUUAGAACUAACACUUAGGUUUUAAAAAGGAGUGAUUCUAUAUCUUUGUUACUAAAGUGAAGAGUUUUUUUGUUUGUCUCUUUUGAGACCAACAGUUGUUAUUUUGUUGUCAAAGACAAACUUAUUUCAAAGCUCAUAUAUACAUUUAAUGUUUUAUGUAUGAAAUUAUAUUAAGGUGGUAGGACAAAUGUGCACAAUGUAAUGCAGUUUGAUAGAUUUUAUAGUCAUGGUUUUGGACCUUUUGUACAAAGAAUUGUUGCAUCUGAAAGUAUUAUAAGUAUAAUAAUAAUUUAGAACAAAAGUAUAUGACAGACAGAGCUAGGAUAUUUCACAUAUUGACCGAAACCCAAAUUUCAGUCUCUAAAUGACAUAAGUUACUUCCUAUUCCAAACUGCGACGAUGGGGGAUGGCAGCGGGCAGGGUAUGAACCUUGGACCAUUGACAAGUCCGAAGGUCAGUCCGCAUAAUCAGGCAGCUUUGAAAGCUAAGCUUUGAUUUUGGAGAGAACAAAAGUACAAUUUGUCAGUCCCUAACAUUCAUCAUUCUAAAUGCUGUCUGAUAUGAGGUAUUAAAACCUAGAGCUACAAGACUCAAUUAUUUUCUACCAUGCUCAUUUUUGGGUGUUUAAUAUUAGGACACCUUCUAUAUGAAAUUUAUUACAAAAAAAAAAGCCAACUGAAUGCAGAGAUCUAUCAUCUGAUUCUGAACUCUGACGUCUCUCUAGGAAGUUUAAUCCAGUAAUCUGCUUAAUUUGUUCUAGUUCAAUCUAAAUCUAAUAAUAAAUUUUAAAAAAAAGACAUUGUUUCCUUGUAACAUUUUGACUUGACCAAGACUGACAUAAUGAGUGCUUCAGCAAAGUUUUAGUUGUAUUUGUAUUCAGUGCCUUGAACUAGCAGCAACUUUCUUUUCUGGAUUUACUGCCAAGUUUGUCAAAAGUUUAUUUGCUUAAGGACUAAACAUUUAUUUUUUACUAAGCUUUCAAUGAGAAUGUGUUCUUUCUAAUAAAAACAAACAACUGAGUAGUUACAGCUUGAUAAAACUUCCACCUUACACCAUUUUAGUCUAAACAUUCUCUGAAAAUCAUCAACUGUGAUUCAUCAGAGGUCCAAUAUAUGUGCUCAGUACCAAACAUUUGACUUGGACUGACAGACAUAAGGUCUAGAAUACAAUUAUUCAGUAACUCAGUACUUCAGAAAAUUGCUUCAUCUUUAGGUUUUUAUAUGGUUUGGGAAGUUGCUACUGUUGCAUUUAGCAAUACCUGUCUCUGCUGUUUGAUAAAGACAUUAUCAUUAUUAUAUUUGACUUUAAUAAGUGAUGUUAUUAUUUGAAGUUAUUUCUAAAGUUAUUUGAAUUCUAAAUAGUUAUAAUUAUUAUUGAUAUCUCUUAGAAGAAAGUGUAUUCUUUAGGUGACAUCAGACAUGACAUAAGUAUAUAAUCACUAUGACAAAAGAACAAUAAUGAACUAAAAUGUUGUUAAUCAGAUAGUUUUUGUUGAAUUAGUAUGUUGUCCCCAAUGUUACACUAUUGUUCAAAGUAUACUUAUAAUGUCAAUGAAUGAGAAGACAAAACAAAUGGGAGACCAAUGAAUGUAAGAAAGAUGAACACAAAUUGUUUUCAGAAUAGCAUUGAAAUAUUCCAAGAUCCAAGACUAUCAGAUAACUAAGGAAAAAUGGUGUUACCAAACCUGUCAGUUAUUUUUUUUUUAAAUUGUGAUACAUUUGUUUACUAGAUCAAAUGACAUUUUCCUAAAUGAAACUAUACAUCAACUUUACACAACUCAAAAGAUGCAUUACUUUGUAUUCUUUGAAGUGCCCUUGGAACAAAUAUUUGUGUCUGCUCAAAAUGAUUGUAUUUAAUGUGGACAAUUUUAUUAUGUUUUUUUUUAUUUGAAGAAAAUCUAUGUCUGAGACUGAGAACAUGAUUUUCGGUGAUGUUUGUACAUAUAUUACUAAUGUGUCAUUUCUUUUUUGUAAGACUCAUUUAGAAAAGGCCUUGUACCAUGUUUAGUUUCCAUUUGAAUAUAUCUCAGCAUUUGUAAACCUUUCUGUUGUGUAGUCUCCUUAGUGGAACACAAUGCCUGAUGGAGAAGUUCUGUUAGAUGAUUUGAUAAAAUAUGUUCUCUCAAUUUGUCCUUCAAAGACCAUGCAGUCACCUACCUACAUUGCCUCCAUCACAUAGGAUGUUAUUUGUUUGGCUUGCCCCACAAGUUGUUUGGGUUGGGAUUUUCUGUUGCUUUCCCCAUUUGUUAUUGGGCACUUAAAAAUUUGCCUUUCAUUUCUAUGGAACAGUCAGUUUAGUGUUAUGAGUAUUUUUUAAAUGUAUGUACCACUAGCUAUAGUUCAUAUUUGUUCUCUGUCAGAAUCAAGAGUUUAUUUUGAGACAGAGAGAUGUUGUUAUAGUAAUGUUAUGAAACAUUGGCUUGUGAUGUAUAAACAAAGAUCUUAUUGUCUAUUCCCAUUGCUUGCACUCACCAGGUCUGAGCAAUGGUUCAAUAACAAACAGUUGUUAGAUACUGUCUGUGCUCCUCUGUCAUGCUAUAACUAUAGUAGUCAAUAACUUAUGUUGCUAUCAGUUUGAGUUCAAAUCUUUUUGUCAGCACCUAAUAGUUUAAUGUAGCCAUGAAUAAAUGUAUUCCACUAACAUU